AUGAGCGUGGAGGAUACCAGGGACCGCUCAUUGGGUGAGAGAUCCUCGAAGGAGACCGGUGGAGCGCCAGAUCAAGCUGCUAUCUCGCCUUUGCUGCUCGACAAGAAGACCAAAAAGGCUAUGGAAUCUAUUGCUCCGAUUCUGGAAGGAUUUAUUCCAAAGACUUCUGCUAGCGAGAAUACCUCUUUGAAGCUACCGCCUUCGCAAAUUCCGUACAAUGACGACUCGACCGAGGACGAGGAUGUGGGAGUUACGUUACAGAAGACACUGAGCAUCAAUUCGCAGCCUGGUUGUAGCACUCCGAACGAGAGGUCUCGGGAGGUUGCUGAGGAUGAAAGCGGUCGUAGUUCUUCUCUGAUGGCUGCGGCAGAUUCGGGAGGUUUGACCGACGCCGAGAGUGCGGAGCAACAUCAGCUGGCAGAGCUGGGGCAGAAGGUGUCGGCGCUCGCGUUGGCGGGAUUGGAAUCCGCGAGCUCAGCGGCGACAAGAGCGGCUUCUCCGUGCACUACGACUCCGAACUCGAGUACGUCUUCCAGAAAGUCGUCUAUAGCGGCGUCGAAACCUCAGCUGCCAAAGAUCGGGAAGAUUGGUGUCUGCGCGAUGGAUGCGAAGGUGUUGUCGAAGCCCUGCAGACAUAUUUUGAACCUUUUGAUCGAGAAUGGAGAGUUUGAGACCGUUAUCUUCGGCGAUAAGGUGAUAUUGGACGAGAAGAUUGAGAAUUGGCCGACUUGCGACUUCUUGAUUUCGUUCUUUUCGUCUGGGUUUCCGUUAGACAAGGCUAUAUCGUAUGUUAGGCUGCGUAAGCCGUUCAUAAUAAACGACCUCACAAUGCAAAAAGUGCUGUGGGAUAGAAGACUGUGCCUUCAAGUGUUAGCCGCAGUCAAUGUUCCCACUCCGCCAAGGCUAGAGAUAAGUAGAGAUGGUGGUCCACAUGUUGAUCCUGAACUUAGAUCCAAGCUGCUUAGCCGUGGUGUGGAUGUCAAACCCAUCAAGGCUCCUAAGUGGCGUAUGAUUGAUGAUGAUACUUUGGAGGUCAACGGCCAAGUGAUGUCAAAGCCCUUCGUGGAAAAACCAGUUGAUGGAGAGGACCAUAAUAUUUUCAUAUAUUACCAUUCAAAAACUGGCGGAGGUGGUCGCAGAUUGUUUCGCAAAGUCGGCAAUAAGUCAUCGGAGUUCGAUCCUACGUUGGUAAGCCCGAGAACAGAGGGCUCUUACAUCUACGAAGAGUUCAUGGAUACGGAUAAUUUUGAAGAUGUGAAAGCAUACACUGUAGGAGAGAAGUUCUGCCAUGCUGAGACGAGAAAAUCUCCAGUGGUGGACGGUAUCGUGAGAAGAAACACCCACGGUAAGGAAGUCAGGUACAUUACUGAAUUGAGUAACGACGAAAAGGAGAUCGCUCGUCAGGUUUCAAAGGUGUUCUCCCAAAUGAUUUGUGGUUUUGACUUGCUGCGCGUCUCGGGCAAAAGUUACGUUAUUGAUGUCAACGGGUUUUCCUUUGUGAAAGAUAAUAAUUCAUACUAUGAAUCAUGCGCCAAAAUCCUUAGAGAGACGUUCCUGCAGGCUAAGAAAAAGAUGGAUGUCCAAAACCGUAAUUUGCCCGCUAUUCAAGAGGAAAAGACUCAAAAAUGGGUUUUCAAAGGCUUGGUUACUGUUAUUCGUCACGCUGAUAGAACACCAAAGCAGAAGUUUAAACAUUCUUUUACCUCGCCAAUAUUUAUCUCCUUACUGAAGGGACAUAAAGAAGAGGUUGUCAUUAGAAAUGUCAGCGAUUUGAAGAUUGUCUUACAAGCUCUCAAAAUCGCAGAAGAAGAAAAUGCAGAAGACCCGGCAAAACUGCUAGUUCUCAGAAACGCUUUAGAGAAAAAACUCGAGUUCCCUGGGACUAAAAUACAAUUGAAGCCUGUGCUUAACUCUGCGAACGAGGUUGAGAAGGUUCAAUUCAUCUUGAAAUGGGGUGGUGAGCCAACUCACUCAGCACGCUACCAGGCCAGGGAUCUUGGAGAACAAAUGAGGCAAGACUUUGAUCUUUUAAAUAAGAAGAUCCUUGAAAAUAUCAAGAUCUUCUCAUCUUCCGAAAGAAGGGUCUUGUUGUCCGCUCAGAUAUGGGCGCAGGCAUUGUUUGGUGCAGACGAGCUUGGCAGCGAUGAGAUAAGCGUCAGGAAGGAUCUCUUGGAUGACAGUAAUGCUGCCAAAGACCUGAUGGACAAAGUGAAAAAGAAGCUUAAGCCAUUACUACGUGAAGGAAAGGAACCUCCAGCUCAAUUUGCCUGGCCUUCUAAGAUGCCAGAACCUUACUACGUCAUCAAACGUGUUGUAGAACUUAUGAACUAUCAGCAGAAGAUAAUGCACCACAAUUACCUCACCAAGGAUGUGGACGCCAUGCAGCUCAAAUGGUGCUGCGCUGAAGAUCCAAGCUUGUUCAGGGAAAGAUGGGAGAAGCUAUUCAAAGAGUUCCACAAUGUGGAAAAAGUCGACCCUUCAAAGAUAUCGGAACUGUACGAUACCAUGAAAUACGAUGCAUUGCAUAACAGAAAGUUCCUGAAAAAGAUUUUCGAUCCUUGCGAUCUCGCUGAUCAGGAAUUGGGUAAGCAUUCGUUAGUCGAUCGUUAUCCAAUCAACAUCUUAGCAAAGAACAACUUCAAGAUCAUCGAAGGUAAUCACAAUCCGCCAUCUACUUCCUCCAAAAGUGGCAACAGUGUGGGAUCUCUUGGUUGGGUCCUCGAAAGUGGCAAAACAUCCCGUGCGACAUCGAAAUCUUCGUCACCUUUUGAUGACCCCAAAUUUAUGCAAUUCAGAGAGUUGUACAAGUUGGCAAAGGUGCUCUUUGAUUUCAUCUGCCCAAAAGAAUACGGUAUAUCUGAGUCAGAGAAGCUGGAUAUCGGUUUACUGACAUCGCUGCCGCUUGCACAACAAAUACUGAAUGACAUUGAUGGUAUGAAAAACAGGGAAGAGCCCGCUUGCGUGGCCUACUUUACCAAGGAGUCCCACAUUUAUACGCUAUUGAACAUCAUCUAUGAAUCCGGAAUACCAAUGAGAAUAGCCAGAAAUGCUUUGCCUGAGUUUGACUACCUGUCGCAGAUCAACUUUGAACUUUAUGAAAGUACUGAUGCUUCGGGACAGAAAUCGCAUUCGAUCAGAUUGAAAAUGUCGCCCGGAUGUCAUACUCAGGACCCACUAGAUGUGCAGCUCGAUGACAAGCACUAUAUCAGCUGCAUUCCUAAGAUAUCACUUACAAAGCACUUGGAUAUGGAUUACGUUCAACAGAAGUUAAGGAACAAAUUCGGUAGAGUGAGCAUGCCGCAAAAAUUCACCCCUGUGAAUAUUACCAGUCCCAAUUUGACUUUCAGAAAUGAUACAAGUCAUCAUGUUGGAGCUCCGAUAAAUGAGGCAGAAAGUUCGACGCCGCCUCUUGAGCCACUGUCCACUCCCCAUUCUUCAGGUUCCAUCGAUAAAGAGCUGGGGAAAGACGUAUCCAGCGAGCAAGCCUAG